CUACAGUUUUGUAUUACGUUGAUAAAAGAAAUGGCCAAAAUUGUCUCCCAAACUGACGAGGAUCAUCAAUGCAUGAAGUAAGAAGCUUUUAUACGAAGAAGCACUUUACCCCCUAAAGAGGCUACUGUAUCUGCGUCUGGAGGUCCUCUCUCCAUCCUCUACGCUCCUGUGGCCUUGCCCGGCGACCCAUGCUAAGAGGUAGACACCCGGUCACACACAUGUCCUCAGCCAUCACCCCCGUUAAACCCUCCAGCACCACGGCCCCCAAGGAGGUGGAGCUGAUCCUGGUGAAGGAGCAGAAUGGGGUGCAGUUCACCACCUCCACCCUGGUCAGCCCGACCGGUCAGACCCACCCCUCAGGAGAGGAGAGAGAGACCUGGGGCAAAAAGAUUGACUUCCUGCUGUCAGUGAUUGGCUUUGCUGUGGAUCUAGCCAAUGUGUGGAGGUUCCCCUACCUCUGUUACAAAAAUGGAGGAGGUGCUUUCCUGGUUCCAUACCUUUUCUUUAUGGUGAUUGCUGGAAUGCCGCUGUUCUAUAUGGAAUUAGCUUUGGGCCAGUAUAACCGUGAAGGAGCAGCAGGAGUCUGGAAGAUCUGUCCCAUCUUUAAAGGUGUGGGAUUUACGGUGAUCCUGAUAUCAUUGUACGUGGGAUUCUACUAUAACGUCAUCAUUGCCUGGGCUCUGUUUUACCUGUUCUCCUCUUUCUCCGGUGAACUGCCCUGGAUCAACUGUAACAACACCUGGAACAGUCCAAAUUGCUCAGACCUCAAUGCCACCCUGUUGAAUGAUACGCACAAGGCUACGCCUGCCCUAGAGUACUUUGAGCGAGGGGUCCUCCACCUUCAGGACAGCACUGGAAUAGAUGAUCUGGGUCUGCCCCGCUGGCAGCUCACUGCCUGCCUUGCCGUGGUCAUUGUGGUCCUCUACUUCAGUCUGUGGAAGGGAGUCAAGACAUCAGGGAAGGUGGUGUGGAUCACAGCCACUAUGCCCUAUGUUGUACUGACUGUUCUGCUGCUGCGUGGUGUCACUCUGCCUGGAGCCAUCGAUGGCAUUAAAGCUUACCUGAGUGUGGACUUCCUCCGUUUGUAUGAUGCUCAGGUCUGGAUCGAGGCUGCCACACAGAUCUGUUUUUCUCUGGGAGUGGGGUUUGGUGUGCUAAUCGCCUUCUCCAGCUACAACAAAUUCAGUAACAACUGUUACAGAGAUGCGAUCAUAACCAGCUCCAUAAACUCUCUGACCAGCUUCUUUUCUGGAUUUGUCAUAUUCUCCUUUUUGGGUUAUAUGUCACAAAAGCACAACGUUGCCCUUGAUAAAGUAGCCACUGAUGGUCCUGGCCUGGUGUUCAUUAUUUACCCAGAAGCCAUUGCUACACUACCAGGCUCUUCAGUGUGGGCUGUUAUAUUUUUCAUCAUGCUACUCACAUUAGGAAUCGACAGUGCUAUGGGUGGAAUGGAAUCUGUGAUCACGGGACUCAUAGAUGAAUUCAAGUUCCUGCACAAACAUCGAGAGCUCUUCACACUCUUCAUCGUAGUUUCCACAUUCCUCAUCUCUCUCAUCUGUGUCACAAAUGGUGGCAUCUAUGUAUUCACCUUGUUGGACCACUUUGCGGCAGGGACAUCAAUUCUCUUUGGAGUGUUGAUUGAGGCCAUCGGCAUAGCCUGGUUUUACGGUGUGGAUCGCUUUAGUGAUGAUAUCCAAGAGAUGAUUGGACAGAGACCUGGUCUUUACUGGAGACUGUGCUGGAAGUUUGUUAGUCCAUGUUUCCUCUUGUUUAUGGUUGUUGUCAGUUUUGCAACUUUCAACCCUCCAAAGUAUGGUUCCUAUUAUUUCCCCACAUGGGCUAACAUGGUUGGUUGGUGUUUGUCCAUAUCGUCUAUGAUCAUGGUGCCUCUCUACGCCAUCUAUAAAUUCUGCUCUCUGCCUGGAAGUUUUUGUGAUAAACUGGCAUAUGCUAUAACCCCGGAGUCUGAGCAUCACUUGGUGGAGCGUGGGGAGGUUCGGCAGUUUACGCUUCAACAUUGGCUGGUGGUUUGAGGAGCUCUAUAUAUUGAGAUGGAGAGGGCACGGGGAGACUCCGUUCCAUUAGGGAAUGUGUGUCAGUGCCAAAAGAAACCGUAUUACUAGUUGUUUUCUCUUGCAUAAUUGGGCAUGUGGCUGUAUCGUGACUUUGAUCACAAUGUGGUUGACAAUCUGUCAGUAUCAAUUUUACUUUCAGUAUACAAUGACUGUUAUAAUGGCUGAUGUUGUCCCCAUUGACUGUUUGUUUAUUGUUUAUAUAUUUAUUUUGUGAUCAGAGUACAACUGAGCCUUAUUGAUUAAUGUGAUUGAAGUGUCAGACACUGUACAAAGUAAAUCUUUAGAAACAUUUUAAAGUUUAGAAAUGUGUAAAUAGUGCAAUUGCAAAAAUAGUGUCUGAGAAGUGCAAAUACGAUUUCUAUUGAACAGCAGAGUUCAAUUGAUCACAACAAAUCUGUUUCUGUUAAUGCUUGCUUAUAUACGCACACUGAAGGUCCCACAAAGAGUUGCUCUUUGAUUGCAGAAAUACAGAGAAUUCAGUUUGUGGGCAAAAAAUACAUCGUUACUUUUGUGGGGUAUUCGCAUAUACUGUAUCUUUACAUUUAAUUAAUGCAAUGGUAAUCUUCCGAAUAAACAAAAUACAUUUAUGGGACAAGUAAUUUAUGGGAUUUCUGUCAUAUUGAAUGUUGUUUACUAAAUUAAUGUAU